AGUAGCAGUAGCAGUAUCAGUUUCAGUGUUUCGUUUGGUUCCAAGCUUGGACUACAGUGUGUCAAACACUAUUACUUUGGCUGAUUUCUGUUUAUGUCUAGAAAAUUUUUCAAGUCAUGCAUGACGUUGAAUUUCCCUUUGACUGAAUGAAUAUGACGGUUUUCAUUAUUUGAGUUGAAACUUUAUUUUCAUUAUCUUUUUAUUAUGUGGUUGUUCCUGUUGAUCUUUUUUUCUAUUUUGGCCUGCUGGAACAGAUGUUGAGAGCUUUAUUUUACUUGCAAGAUUUUAGUGCCAUUCCUGCAAAGGGAGGCUUUGCAAUUCAUCCUGCAGAUAAGAACAAAUAUGCGAAAACUCUUUUAUUAUUUGGGCGUUGCAAGAGAUAAAUGAAAAUGGACAUAUACGAGCCAUUUCAGCAAGUUAGCAUGUGGGGGGGCAACUUUAAAGUUGAUGGCGGUCUGAAUUCAAUUGCUUCCCCAAUGUUAAUGGUUGGCACUAAUGUGGAGAACAAGUCAGAGUAUAUUCCUCGGGAACCAAGAGAGCCUUCUGGUUCUGGAGCCGAUCAAGAAACUACAAAUAAAGAUGUUAAUAAGAUGCUAAGACGCCUAGCUCAGAAUCGAGAGGCUGCCCGGAAAAGUAGGCUGCGGAAAAAGGCUUAUGUUAAACAAUUAGAAUCAAGCCGUUUGAAGCUCAUGCAAUUGGAGCUGGAAAUUGGGAAAGCAAGAAAGCAGGGUCUAUAUAUGGGCACUGCAUUAGAUGCCGGCUAUAUAGGAUCAACAUCAGAAACAAUAAAUCCAGGGAUUGUUGCUUUUGAAAUUGAAUAUGGGCAAUGGGUUGAAGAGCAAGAAAGGCGGAAUGAAGAACUUAGACAUGCAUUUCAAACACAAGCACCUGAUGUACAGCUCAACGUAGUGGUUCAGAGUGUCUUAAAUCAUUACUCAAAUCUUUUCAGAAUGAAAGCAGAGGCUGUAAAGGCUGAUGUCCUCUAUUUACUCUCUGGUGCGUGGAAACCAUCAGUGGAGCGAAUUUUCCUUUGGAUUGGAGGCUCCCGUCCAUCGCAGCUUCUAAACAUCAUCGUGCCUCAACUUGAGCCUUUGACUGAUCAACAAAUUGUUAGUAUUAACAACCUCCGCCUAUCGUCUCAGCAAGCUGAAGAUGCUCUUUCACAAGGAUUGGAAAAACUUCAGCAGAGUUUGGUCCACGACAUGGCAGUUGAUCCAUUGGGUGUAGGAAACUUGGGACUUCAGAUGGCUCGUACUAUGGAAAAAUUUGAGGCACUAGAAGGUUUUGUAAACCAGGCAGAUCACCUUAGGCAACAAACUCUGCUGCACAUGUCACGCAUCCUGUCAAUUCACCAAGCUGCUCGCGGCUUGCUGGCUCUCGGGGAAUACUUUCAUCGUCUUCGUACCCUUUGCUCUCUCUGGUCUGCUCGUUCAUGUGAACUUGCCUAGGCUCCUUAGAGGAAGAGACCUAGCUGCUCUGCUUCAACUGAAUCAUCUCUUCUGUGCUUUUCAAAACAGUUACUCGAUUUUGGAUAUGAAUGAGUUAAUGCCGUGUACCAGCAUGAAGCAAAAUUAUGUGAUUUGCUGCUCUUGUGAGUGUGCUUGUACAUAAACAGUGUAUCAUCUUUAGUACUAUAUUAUAUAUUAUGUAAAACUUUCUAGUAUCUUUCGGAAUAAAAUGUCCAUUAUGUUACUUUAAA